AUAUUGUAAGAGGAGAACAAUUUAUUUGAAGUAAACAUUUUUUUUUACCCAAGCAGGAAGUUAUUUUAUUAUUUUCAAUGUAUCUGCGUCACGUUUAAAUAACUAAAAAAUGGCGUAUAAUAUAUGUACAAUAUAUUACAUUGUUGUUUUGAUUUAUAUCAAAGGCGUCAAUUCUGCAUUAUACUGUGGAGACGAUUUAUGUGAGAAUGGAUGUUGCUAUGACGAGGAAACCACUAGGACUUUCUAUUGCUGUCCUGAAGAAACAAGUUUAUCUCCCGGAGUAAUUAUUGGAAUAAUUAUUGCUAGUGCGUUUGGUUUAUGUUUGAUGUGUUGUCUAUGUGCGUGGACGAGGAAAGUUUUACAAAACAAUAAAGACAUACCAUAUGUCAGUUUGAGGGAAGAAAGACCGGGGCAUACACGAUCUACUAAUGAACAAAACACACGUGAUUUAAAUGAGAGAAAUCAACCAGACGAUAGCAGGACAUCUGAACGUUUUGUUUAUAUACGGUUUUUAAUAGCGCGAAUAAACAUUCGCCGUAACCGUGAACAAAACAGUGAACCUGUACUUCCGCCUACAUAUGACGAAUGUACAGCUCCACCGCCUUCAUACGACAGUGCUGUCAACUCUGCAACAGGUGGUUCAAACCCUGUAUAGACAUACAGAGAAAAGAACAGCGGAUCAAGUCAUGCAUAUGUAGAUUGUAAAAUACUCGACAGGACAAACAUAGGGAUAUAGUAUAUAGAAAGUGUAGCUUGUAAAAAUGGUUGUUAUUCCCUUCAAUAUUAUAAUUUGUAUUAACUUACACUAGUGUUAUUGUUGCACAUUUUAUAGAAUUAAAGCUUUUAUGUUUUCUUUUAA